AUGGUUAAUGCAGCGCUCCUUCUCCUGGCUGUCACGGCCAGUGCCUCUCCAACCACACUUUGGAUUCGUCAAAACACACCAAACUGGGAAGAGGUCAAGUGCACCGAUACGAACAUCACAGACGCCAAAGUUGCGUCUAAUAUACGCUGGCAAGCUGCCGACGCCAACACAUCUUGGGAUGCAGCCGUUGCUGCGUGGCAUAAUUAUACACCUGGAGAUGGCCAAGUCCAGCUCAAAUUUCCAGCCUUUAUCAGCGACUUCUACGGCGGCCCUGAAGGAUGGGACUGCCAAGAUCCCGUCAACACGCCUUGCUCAACGACAGUCCAGUGCGCCGACACCAAGACGCCAGCAGGAUUUCUCGUUCUGAAUUCUUUCGCGAAGUUGCACGAUAUCUAUCAAAAGUAUCACGAGGCGCUACAGGAUGCCCAACUCAGUAUUUCCGCCGUGAUGGGAGACUUCACUGGAGCCUUUGCCCCAAAGUUGAAGGCUAAGGAUGAGUCAACUAUAGUCAAGAUUUUUCUUGAUGUUCUGGCAUUUGGCAUUGGCAUAUCUUCAGCGGGGCUUUGGAACAUUGUUAUCCAUGACGCCGCCAUCUUCGCCACGAGCGCUUACAGAAGCUUCGCCAAGGAUACCUUCAAUAGCGCCAUCAGUUCCUCAUUCGCCCUAGCCAAGGAUACUACCAAAGCCGCGAAAGACUCUGAGAGCGUCCAGAAUGACUUGACCUCUGCAAUGGGCACCCUUUUCGACGUAUGGAAAAAGACUCAGGAUGCCUACUUGUCAGAGGUGUUUUCGGGGUCGAACAGCACCACAAACAGCAUGCUCCAAGGACUGAUUCGCGAUGGCAUGAUGAACAUGGUCCCCGACGACAUCAAUCUCUCAGAAAUGAAGAAUACCGUCCAGACGAUCUUGUUCGGUCAAAUGAUUCCCAUUGCUUGGUCAGUGGCACCGGCUGGGUUCACCCCUUUUGUGCUCAAGACGGGAGAUGUGUGCUCAGAUACGAUGCCGAAGACACUAGACCCAUACAUGGACGAAGACACGCACAAGAAGGCAGGCGUCUGCUGGAACGGAAACCAAUUUUACGUCCUGACCAUUGGAAAAUACCCAGACGUUGAUGUACAGGCCGAUACCCCGGGUCUUCCCGACUCUGAUCCACCUUUCCAGCUUCUGGCUGGCGGUACUCAUGACAUUUUGGAUGGAAAGAGCUGGGGUGGCAUCACGCUGGACGACAUCGUGAUCAGUUCCUAUGGCGGUUAUUUAGCAAACGGCAACCGCAACGGCUACAACAUGUCCUUGGAUACCAACAGUGGACCUGUGGACGAGCUCAUGCUUUCGGGAGGCGUGCGGACUCCUGGCUUUUUUACACUUCCUGUCUGCACGAGCAUUUGGAACACACUGAUGAAUGUUGCUGGAAGUAUAGAGGGCAAGAACUAUUACCCAUGUGGCGUUGUUGUUGAGAAGACCUAUCCUCAGUAA